ACACAUUAACAUCAAUAAUUAGAAUGUAACAUUUCAAAAAAAGAAAAGAUUAUUUUGUUAGUUUACCUGAUAUAAUUAUUAGACUAUCGGUUUUCAUGACCAAAGCGGAAAACAGUCGGGGAGAAACCAACCAACCAACAAAAAACCGCGCAAUCAAAACAAGAAAUUUAAGGCGGGCAGCGUAGCUGAAAGAGUGCUUCUAGUUAUUUUGAUUUUAUUUCCUGAGUGUGUAAAGCUAAAUAUCAAUGGAUUCGGUCUCAUCUUCUUCAUCUCUAGAUGACUCCACCCAACUAAGCCCUAAUUCUGAUCCCAAAGCUGUGGACCAACGGUUUGAUUUAUUAUCAGUGACUGAUGAACCGAUCCAAUCCGAACCCGGUCAUCGAGGAAAUGGCGAUGGAUUCACCAAUGGAUCCUUGAAUCCGGAGAGAAGCACCGGCGACGAAGACGACGAUCAAUUAGGAGUGGAGGAUCAGGAAUUGGUUGCCGAUGAAGGGCCUUCGAGUCCAAACAGUUACAGUUACGCCGGUGAGAGAGGGAGCGCCAGCGCCACCAGCGUGUCGAGGAUUGAUGCAGCGAGUGAUAUUGACGAUAUUGAGAUCCAGGAAGUGAGGAACGAGAGCUCAUUCGAAGGUAUCUCGGAUUCUCAGCCCUCCUCUGGGGUGCCCGGUAAACACCGCGUCGACGAGGAUGAUGCUUCGAUAUCAUGGAGAAAGAGGAAGAAACACUUCUUUAUCUUGAGUAACUCUGGCAAACCAAUAUAUUCCAGAUAUGGAGAUGAACACAAAUUAGCUGGUUUUUCUGCGACACUACAAGCCAUUAUUUCCUUCAUGGAGAAUGGGGGAGACCGUGUCAAAUUGGUGAAGGCUGGAAAACACCAGGUAGUCUUCGUUGUAAAGGGACCGAUUUAUUUAGUUUGCAUCAGCUGCAACGAGGAGCCCUUUGAAUCACUAAAGGGACAGUUGGAGCUUAUUUAUGGUCAGAUGAUACUUAUCUUAACAAAGUCCAUAAAUAGGAGCUUCGAGAAGAAUCCUAAGUUUGAUAUGACACAUUUGCUUGGAGGAACAGAUGAUGUUUUUUCUUCCCUUAUUCACUCCUUCAGUUGGAACCCAGCUACAUUUCUUCAUGCAUACACCUGCCUACCCCUUGCUUAUGCAACAAGGCAGGCUGCUGGUGCCAUAUUGCAAGAUGUUGCUGAUUCAGGGGUGUUAUUUGCAAUACUAAUGUGUAAACACAAGGUUAUCAGUCUUGUUGGUGCACAAAAAGCCUCUCUUCAUCCUGAUGAUAUAUUGCUACUUUCAAACUUUGUGAUGUCAUCAGAGUCAUUUAGGACCUCAGAAUCAUUUUCUCCAAUUUGCUUGCCUAGAUAUAAUCCUUUGGCAUUUUUGCAUGCUUAUGUGCAUUUUCUUGAUGUCGAUACAUACUUGAUGUUGCUUACUACUAGUUCAGAUGCCUUCUAUCAUCUUAAAGAUUGCAGGAUACGCAUAGAAACAGUCCUCUUAAAGUCCAAUGUUCUUAGUGAAGUUCGGAGAUCACUGCUAGAUGGUGGGAUUCGAGUUGAGGAUUUGCAUGUUGCCCCAUUGCCUCGAUCUGGACCAUUACCUCAUCAAGUCCAGCAAAUACUUCAAACAGAUUCUCCUGAGAGGCCUAGGGAACCAUUUGUUGGCAUUGGUGGUCCUGCUGGACUUUGGCAUUUCAUUUAUCGCAGUAUAUAUCUAGAUCAAUAUGUAUCCUCAGAGUUCUCACCACCACCGAACAAUCAUCAGCAACAGAAAAGAUUGUAUAGAGCUUACCUAAGACUGUAUGCUUCCAUGCAUGAUAAAGGAAUUGGACCAUACAAAACGCAGUUCAAAAGAGAUGAAAACUACGUUUUACUAUGCUGGGUCACGCAGGAUUUUGAACUCUAUGCGGCAUUUGAUCCCCUUGCAGACAAGGCAGAAGCCAUAAAGACAUGCAACCGGGUUUGUCAAUGGUUAAAAGGUGUGGAAAAUGAGAUAUUUUUGCAUGGAGCAAGCCCUUUUUCAUGGUGAUAACUGAUAAGUCAAUCCGGUUAUACAAUUAUUGGAAAGUUGAAGAGAAAGGGGUUGCAGAUGUUAAGGUUUGAAUUCGAGAUCCAUAUGAGAUCAUUUAACGUUAUUGCAUGAACUAAGUGAAGUGAAAGGUAGUCUUUGGUUUUGCAGGAA